UUUGUGAUUUUGUUAUACAGAGAGUAAUUAUUUAAUUUCAUAUCUAAAAUCUUGAAAAUGUCUUGCUGUGGAGGAAACUGUGGCUGUGGCUCCGCCUGUAAGUGCGGCAACGGUUGUGGAGGAUGCAAGAUGUAUCCUGACCUGAGCUAUUCAGAGAAAACCACCACUGAGACUCUUGUCCUUGGGGUUGCACCGGAGAAAACACAGUUCGGAGGCAGCUUCGAGAUGAGUGUUGGGGCGGAGAACGGCGGAUGCAAGUGUGGCUCUGACUGCAAGUGUGAUCCAUGCAAUUGCAAAUGAGAAUGGCAUUAUUAGAAGUGUCUAAUUUCUUCUCUCUUUAUAAUAACUAUAGAGAAGAAAUAAAAUAGUAGUGAGUGAGUGUUUUUAAUGUUGAAUAAAUUAAGUAGUAAUGGCUUUGGUUAAUUAAGUCAUAGCUACUCGUUGGUUGUAUAAAAAAAUUUCGAAAUUUUAUAUGCAUGUUUAUGUUUAUGUAUUUAUCUAUAUAAUGUUUUUUGAGUCA